UACCAAAUGCUGCCCCGGAACAACUUCUAAAGUACUAAAUCUGUUACCUGGAAGGGUUUCUCAUUCUAACCUUUUCACAGCAGUGUAACCGAUAACAGGUUUUUCUGAAAGUAAUCCAUUAAGAGGUGAUGGCGGACAGUGAUGAUGAAUAUGAUCGCAGAAGGAGAGACAAGUUCCGUCGUGAGAGGAGUGACAACUACGACCGCUCCAGAGAGAGAGAGGACAGGCGCAGGGAUGACUGGAAUGAUCGGCGCCCAUCUGCCAGAGAGUGGGACCGGGGCAGGGAGCGACGCAGCCGGGGGGAUUAUCGUGACUACGACCGGGGACGCAGGGAGAGGUUCUCCCCACCCAGGCACGACAUGAGUCCCCAACAGAAACGCAUGAGGAGAGACUGGGAUGAUCAUGGAGGAGAUCCUUACCAUGGGGGCUUUGACUUAGGCUAUGGUGGUGGUGGAGGCCCCAGUUAUGCCCCUCCACAGCCUUGGGGCCACCCUGACCUACACCUCAUGCAGCCUCACCAUGGCAUUCCCAUCCAGGCAAGACUAGGUAACAUCCAUGAUAUGGAUUUGGGCUUGCCCCCUCCAGUGAUGAAGAGCUUUAAGGAGUUCCUGCUGUCCCUGGAUGACUCGGUGGAUGAGACCGAGGCAGUCAAACGUUAUAAUGAGUACAAGAUAGACUUCCGACGGCAGCAGAUGCAGGACUUCUUCCUUGCUCACAAAGAUGAAGAGUGGUUCAGAUCCAAGUACCACCCGGAUGAGACAGGCCGGCGGAAGGCUGAAGCCCACAGUGCCCUACAGAACCGGCUGAAUGUUUACAUGUUCUUGUUGGAGAAUGGGUGGUUUGACAAUGUCUCCCUGGACAUGGAGAGAGCCCAAGCCAUCAUUAAGGUCUUGGAUGCAGCGGUGAUUAAGAUGGAGGGAGGGACUGAUCAUGACCUGCGGAUUCUGGAGCUACCUUCCGAGGAGGAAGAGGAUGGAGAAAGGGCAUACAGGGUGGCAUCAGGGGGUCUUGGAACUGAGCCCCCCAAAAAAGAGGAGCCCAUGAAUAAGCAUGGGGACAAUGACUGCAAACCACCUGCAGACAUUGAGCAGGAAGAGAAGGGGGAGAAGGAUGCCUGCAACACAGAGAAGGAUGGAAACAGUGGUGGGGAGGGAACAGGAGGGAGUGAAGGAGAGGACAAAGAGGGAAAGGGCCAAACGGUUGUGUCUGAACCUAAGAAGCUAAGCAAAAAGAGGAAAAGGAAGCACAGUGGAGACAGCGAAGAUGACCCCAGUGCCUCAGAGAGUGACUCAGACCUGGACUCCAACUCCCAUCAUUCCUCUGACAAACCUGCAGAGAGGGAGGAAGGUGAAGAAAAGGAUGAUGAGGAAGGGGAGGACAAGGACGAAGAGGAGGAAGAAGAGGGUGAAGCUGAUGGGAAAAAAAGCAAAGAGGAGAAACCAAAGGAGAGAGAGAGGGAGAAAGAAGAGGAGAAGAAACCCAAGGAGGACCAGCCCCCUAGACCCCGGCCUCUCCACAGGACCUGUUCUCUAUUCAUGAGGACCAUCGCCCCCACCAUCACCAAGGCCGAAAUCAUAGCUCUUUGCCGGAGAUACCCUGGGUUUAUGCGAGUAUGCUUGUCUGAUCCCCAACCAGAGCGCAGGUUCUUCCGUCGCUGCUGGGUGACGUUCAACCGUAGUGUCAACAUCAAGGAGACCUGCUGGAACCUCCAGAACAUCAGACUGCGAGACUGUGAGCUGGCCCCAGUGGUGAACAGAGACCUGGCUCGGAGGGUUCGUAACGUCAGCGGCAUCACUCAGCACAAACCGGUGCUGCGCAACGACAUCAAGCUGUCAGCCAAACUCAUCCACUCCCUGGACGACAGGGGACGUCUGUGGAGCAACAAGGCCCGCGGAGAUGCAGGGUCCGCUAUGGAGGUUGCAACUCAAAACCCGAUCCUGAAGAACAUCACUGACUACCUGAUAGAAGAGGUGAGCGCUGAGGAGGAGGAGCUGCUGGGGAGCAUGGGAGGAGCUGACACAGAGGAAGGCACCAAGGAGGGCAACCCGGCCGAGAUCACGGUGGAGAGAGACGACAAACUGGUCAAGGUGUUGGACCGUCUCCUGUUCUACUUGCGUAUUGUCCAUUCCAUCGACUACUACAACAAUUGCGAGUACCCCAGCGAGGAUGAGAUGCCCAACCGCUGCGGCAUGAUCCAUGUGCGUGGGCCCAUUCCCCCCAACCGCAUCACACACGGGGAAGUGUUGGAGUGGCAGAAGACAUUUGAGGAGAGGCUGAGCCCACUGUUUACCAUGAAAGAGAAGCUCUCUGAGGACGAAGCAAUCAAGAUGGGACGGAAGGAUCCUGAGCAGGAGGUGGAGAAGUUUGUGUCAGCCAACACCCAGGAGCUGGGCAAGGAUAAGUGGCUCUGCCCUCUCAGUGGCAAGAAAUUCAAGGGCCCAGAGUUUGUGCGGAAGCACAUCCUGAACAAACAUGGUGAUAAAAUUGAGGAAGUGAAGAAAGAGGUGAUGUUUUUCAACAACUUCCUUAUGGAUGCCAAGCGACCUUCUCUCCCAGAGAUCAAGCCUCCUCCUCCAAUUGGUCCAGGACAAGUUCUCUCUCCAGGCAUGCCCUUCCCUCCCCAGGCUCCCCAGGGCCUAAUGGGCUUCGGGCCUGGCCAGCCUCGUCCUCCUGUCAUGGGAUACGGAGGUGGACCUCCUUACCCACCAAACCAGUACGGUGGCGGCCGGGGUAACUAUGACAACUUCCGUGGACAGGGUGGUGGCUACCCUGGUAAACCCCGCAACAACAGGUGAGCCAAUGAAUGUCCCGCGGAGAUCCACGAAACAUCAUUGAAUACCGUGACCUGGAUGCGCCUGAGGACAUGGACUUUUUUUAGACUACCAUUUAAUUAUUUCAAUCUCUUUUGCUUCUAAUCAAUGUGUAGUUUCCCUUUCUCAUCCCCAUAUGUUAAGUGUUGUUGUUAUUUUAAUUUUUUUUGGGAUGUCUGCAGGGCAAAGGCCUAAUACAAUUGGAAUAAACUUGAAUUGUAAAAAAAAUUAAAAUCAUAAAUGUGGAGACAUUG